GUGUUUCAGAGUUUACUACUUAUAGGCGCAAACGAAUGAUCAGAUCGCAAAGGGUUAAUACUGAUUCUGUCGGAGUUACAGAAGAUUCAAUUAAUCGAUGCGAUCGUGCGUUCUCAGAAAAACUGUGCGCUUGGUAAAGUGUUAAUAUCGCCGAUUAACAGGAUCGUCUUCGUUAAUACUGUCGAGAGAGAAGCGACAUAAAUAGUCCUAACAGAGCUGAAUCGAUCGAAUGCUCGAGCCUGCGUGCUGGCGGAUACCCCAUGCGACUUCUCCGUAGAUUUCAGCGUCCGUCGUGAUCUCAUUCGUCACAGUUCAGAUAUCGUUCCAACGAGUCAGCUCUGUCAUCCGUUUUCCAAAUCGGUUUCGUAAACCACAACCGCCUAAAAAUGCCAUCGGUACGCCGGAUGAUCUUGGGGCACGUCGUAUCCGGCUUGUGCACCAAAAUGAAUCGAACGAAAAAGCUUCAAGGUGAUUUACUGGAGACACCGAUGAAGAGGUGCCUUUCCACGUUCGACAUCACGCUCCUCGGUGUGGGUCAUAUGGUCGGCGCUGGGAUUUACGUCUUGACAGGAGCCGUGGCCCACAACACCGCUGGUCCAGGUGUAAUUUUGAGCUUCCUAUUCGCUGGGGUGGCUUCCCUAUUCGCGGCUCUAUGUUACGCGGAAUUUGGCUCUCGAGUUCCAAAAGCUGGCAGCGCUUACGUUUACACCUACAUCACCGUAGGUGAAUUCUGGGCGUUCGUGAUCGGUUGGAACAUCAUACUGGAGCACAUGAUCGGUGCUGCAUCGGUGGCCAGAGCCUGGAGUGGAUACGUGGACUCGUUAGCAGGAGGAGCUAUAAGCAACUACACCCGUUACAUGAUGCACGGCUACACCAUGGCAGAACCACUGGGACAUUACCCAGAUUUCUUAGCAGCUGGUCUCUGCCUGGCUUACGCUAUGCUACUCGCCUUGGGCGUCAAAUGUUCAGCGACGGUCAAUUCUCUGUUGACAAUCGUCAACCUAGCCGUAAUGGCCCUGGUGAUCGGUUUGGGAAUUUCUUACGCGAAGCUUUCAAAUUGGAGCAGCGAGAACGGAGGUUUCCUGCCGUUCGGGUUCACUGGAGUGCUAACGGGUGCCGCAACGUGUUUUUACGCUUUCGUGGGCUUCGACUCGAUUGCAACUUCCGGCGAGGAGGCCCGCGAUCCUGGACGCAGCAUCCCUCGAGCGACGCUUCUCUCUAUGGCGAUCGUCACCAUGGGCUACGUUCUGGUUGGUGCAGCUUUAACGUUAAUCGUACCUUAUUACAACAUCAAUCCAACCGCAGCCCUUCCCGAAGCAUUCUCAUCGAGGGGGAUAUAUUGGGCUAAAUACGCAAUAAGCGUGGGAGCGUUGUGUGGGAUGACAACGACCCUUUUCGGAUCCCUGUUCUCUCUACCGCGGAUAAUGUACGCAAUGGCGAACGACGGUCUGCUCUUCGGGUUCCUGGGCCACGUGAACGAACGCACGCAAGUACCGGUUCUGAACUUGGCCAUCAGCGGGGUUCUCAGCGCCCUGAUCGCUUUGUUGUUCGACCUCCAGCAUUUGGUCGAGUUCAUGUCCAUCGGUACUUUCCUGUCCUACAGCAUCGUUUCGGCUAGCGUGAUUGUCUUGAGGUAUCGCCCCGAAAAGGUCACGCCUGCACCUUCGAAUGCUGGCACUCCGAGCACCCUGGCAUCGCCUCCCACGGAGAGCGCAGAUUCCAAUAGCGAUUGCAACAGCGUCACAUCCAUCGAGUCAAAGCUUUUGGAUCUGAGCGAAGGCACUGGCAAACUGAAACCACGAUACGCCUGGAUGGCUAAGUUUUUGGGCGACGGCAAGUCUGGAAUGGGGGUGACCGGUUUGGUGCUGCUUUACAUAGGUGGUUGCAUAUCUCUAACCCCUUUGGUACUUUUAACGCACAUGCGUAUCUUUCCGAUGGGUUGUGGCUACUUCACCGUGACCUAUAUGGUUAUCUUGACGGUCGGAAGUUUACUCAUGAUCUGUGCGUACCAACAAAAUCCUCCUACUGGCGAAUUUCGCGUACCCAUGGUACCCCUGGUACCAGCACUGAGUAUUUUGUUCAACGUGGGACUGAUGUAUCACUUGUCCCUUCUAACUUGGCUACGAUUUCUCGUGUGGAUGAUAUUCGGAAUAUUGAUAUACUUUUUGUUCGGGAUCCACUACAGCAAAGAGUCGACCAGCCCGGAUUCUUAUUCGGUUCUAAUGGCGACCUCGGAAGCGGAAAGAGGAGCGAAGUGGAGCGCCACGUUGCAGCGCGUCAAUCAGAAAAGCGAUAAAGUUCCGAUUUUAAACGACGACGAUUUAGUCCACUAGAAACUUUACCGUUCCUCGAAACUGUAUAACGAUAUGCUAAUCGCCGCUGGAUGUAAAUCGUUGUUCGUAGAAAAAGCGAAGCGUAACACGACCAUCGUUCUCUUCGUUGAGGCUUAUAGAAGCCCCCUUAAAAAUGGAGAACAGUUUCGACGGGCACUUGUACAUACCGACGUUACGUGAAAUGCUGAAUCUAAUUAAUCGCGACCUCAUGAAACCCCCUGCCCUCGAAAGUUUACCGGGCCGAACAUUGGAGAGAUCUCAGAACAGACAAGACUGUGUUUUAGUACUUACCUUGGCUGGUUUUCGGUAGAUACUGGUUUGUUCGUUGUAUUAUAAUUGCAGGCCCUGAUCAGAGUCUCCUUUAUAAUUUAUCACGCACAAAUAUACGCAUAUUCUUUAUUUUAAUAGCGCGCAUCGAUUGCACGUCCCUAUAGUAAAUUCGAGAACGUUCGUUUACAUGGUUUUUUCAUAGAUAAAGGACAGAACAAAAAGUUCAUCCGUUGAUAUAGUACAACAGCAGAAUUCGAGCGACUCUAUGGGAAAGUAUUACAUUAUAAUAUGGUUCUUGACCAACCUGCGAUCAUCUGGUGCAAAAAAAAAAAAAUGGGUUGAACACUUCGAAUCCGAAGAUUAAAAGCAAUCGUAAGGAAAGAAACUCGCGGGUAUAGCGUAUCCAUUUAAUCGCCAAGUGGACAUACACACAGGCGUAAUGUUUAAAUCAAAAGACAUAAGAGCAAAAGGGAUAGAGGAGUCACCGUAUUUUUAACGAAAGACCAGAUUUUUAAAAGGGAGGCCGAGCGACUGUCUCUUCUAGUGAAUUUUAACGUUCUGCUACAAGGAUCGAAACAUGGUGCCUUAGGAACGGAUAGACUAAUUAUAUAGUAAGAUAUAUGAAUCUAAAUACAUGACAAUAGAUUCGCCUGUUACACGGCAGGCAUUAAGCUUAAGAUUACCUGUACACAGAUUUGCUAAGCACGUGGAUUACCCAGUGGCGUAUCGUCGUCGAUGUCAGGGUCCUUCUGCUUGUAAAAUAGUACGUUUUCAUUGUCUAAGCCGCGAUAGAUUAGAAAAAUUCCGUUGGAUUUAUAGCAUUGGCCCCAUUUUGCCGCAGAGGCUCGGUACGAUUCGUAUUGCACCGCGACGACGCCUCUGGGAUCAACCGUUCCUCAGACCUGGGCAAUUUUUAUUUGAAAUGAAAGUGAGAAAUAAUUAUGCGAAAUGAUGUUCAAGUUAUCUAGAAAUUCUGUUCCAUUUACGUAACUAUAUUUAUAUAAUCUGUAUAAUUGUAUAAUUUAUGUCAUUCGUACAAAUUAUACAAGCUUUAUACAGCUUCAGAAAAACAAAAACGCGAGAUAAGGUACCAUGUUACUUGAAAUAUUUGUUCGAAAUGAAAUAAGGUCCGUUCAUUCCUCCUUCAAGAUUGUAUCACUUUAUUUACGUUAUAGUAAAAUAAUACAAGUUACAUUAUUACGUUUAUAUAAUUUAUAUAACUCCAUAAUUUAUAUCAUUUAUACAAUUUAUAUAUGUAUUAUAUAUGUAUAUACAUAUAUGCAUUACAUAUAUGUAUAUACAUAUAUGCAUUACAUAUAUAUAUAUACAUAUAUGUAUUGUAUAUGUAUAUAUGUAUUUAUAUAUGUACGUGUUAUAUUUUAUUUCACUUUGUAAAAUAACAUGCAAACUCUGAUUGUACAUAAAAACGAAAUUUGAAAAAAAAAAGUGAAGUAAGAUAACAUGUUACUUGAGAUAUUCUUUAAAAAUGGAGUAAGAUCACGCGUGCCCAAUAAAACUGCCCAGGUCUACCGUUCCUAAUCCACCAAUCUACUCGUGAUUGUCUCAACGUUAAGAAUAUGAAAGGAACACUAUUGACUAAUGAAAUAUCUCGCGGUUAACCGUUUCCGCGUAAAAUACGUAAGCGCACGUAUCAUCGUAAACCACAGUCCUCCGUUGAACAGAUCAAACAAGGAUCGAUUGCACUGGUUACAGUAACAGAUAAAUAUAAUCGGUGUUACGUAAGAAACUAUGUACAUGCGUAUCGAUGUCGUAAUGAUUACUACCGUCGAAGUGUCGUAGCCGUUACUUAGAUGAUGAAAACACCGUAGCGAAACCGUAACCAUGUUGUACAAAGGUGUAACGCCAGAACCUAGCCAUUCGAGUGUGUAUUACACAGAAUCAGUGGCGCAUUACACCUUCACGGAGCGCGAAACAAAAUUCGGUGUCCCGAUUUAAAACAAAAAGGAACAACGAACAUUUUUAUAUCGAAUCUUAUUUUUAAAAUAAAUUAUUACAUUAUUCCGCACAAUAGCUACCCAAAUGAAAACAAUUAUUCCUUUUCAGUUACCAUGCACAAAUUCGUUCAAGUGAGACCUUUUGUUAACUUCGAUCUUCAUUUAUAAAAUAAACAAAUUACAUAAGAGAUACAUCAAAUAUAGGACCUUCUUUAAAAAAAUGUACAUCGACGUACCGAAAACAAUAAUUAGCGUUUUUUCCAGGUGAGAUUAAUACGUGUUUAUGCCAAGUACCGCGAAUAAAGAAAUUCGUUUCACGUAUCAUUGUACGUGAGUACAAUGUAAGUAACGAGAGCGAAUUUUUUGGAGCUCUUCGAGGCCCUAGGAUAAUGCGCCACUGCAGCAGGGCAACCAGAAGAAGCGCAAGGGGCCAUCCACCCCCUACGAAAGAGUGUGAAACAUGUUUUCAAAUAUUGGAUUGUCCGGAAAGUCCAUGUCGGUUUUUGGUAGGUGGUACAGGUCUGAAUAUAUCGAAGUGAAAACAAAUAACACGCAUACAUCCCUUAAAAGGUGGAAAGGCUGUGGAACAGAAUGGCACCUAUGUAAUUCAAUAAAUAUAUAUUAAAAUUCAAGCAUGUUUUUGAAUGUUUCUUAGAAAUUGCCGCGAACUUUCUGGACAACCUGAUACUAUACCGUAAUUCUUAAGGAACGCUUAUUUAUAAAUAAAUACAGAUCUGCGAGAACGUUACCGCCCUCGAAUUUGUCCAAUCUCUGGUUGCCCCACUGUACGUAUGUACAGAGUGAAUCGCUUUAGUCACCGUCGUAGAAUGUUUUUCGGUUAGCCCGUUUUAAGUGAUUCACCCUGUAGAAUAGAAAUCGCGAGAAAAGAGCCGACGAAUAUUUUCAUUCGGAAUCGUCUGCGCACAAUUUCCGGAUGUACGAGCCAUAGAGAAUUCAUAUGUAUUUACCCCCGAAAUUUCCGAAACGUACGCGCAGUUCAUAACGCUUAAUGUACAGUAGAUUACGUUACGAUAUCCGUAUAAAUAUUAUAGAAAAAUCAACUUUCGUAAACAGCGAAUGCGCAUUCUAAUUAUACACGACCGUUGCGAUCAUUCGCAGCGAUCGAUUGCGUGUAUAUUGGUAUAUUGCGUAUAAUAUUGGUACACAAAAAUGAUUGUCAGUGUAAUGUACUAUAUAUCUUCUAAUAUAAAACGUUUACGAUUGAAA